AUGGCCGCAGAGCGGCCCAGGAAACGCAAACGCGAUCAAGACGAGGCAAUAGCCAAGAUAAAGAAGGGAAAAGAGGCUAAGAAGAAGUCUGCCAAGAAGAAGAAAAAGCAUGGCUCUGAUGAUUCCGAUUCAGACUUCGAUAUUAUGGAUCUGUAUAAGAAGGCGAAGAAACUGCCGGGACAACUAGAAAAUUGCGAGCUUUGCGAGAAGAGGUUUACCGUUACGGCAUACAGCAAGGCUGGGCCUAACGGCGGCCUGCUUUGUACACCCUGUGGGAAGGCCAUGACUAAAGAAGCAAAAGCCACUGAAAAAGCAAGUAAGCCGGUUCAGCGCAAGGGUAGGAGGAAGCUCGAGAGCAAUCGCCUAGACGGUUUCACGUCGCGUGGUGCCAGAACUCUACAGCAACUUUGCAUAGAGAAGCUUGCGAAGCAUGCCGAAGAUAUUGAUGAGUUUGGCGAAAUGCCAGAAGCAAUCAUGAAUCGUCUCAGUGAGAUUUUCUCCAAGAAGAGAGCCAUGAACCCAACAACGUUCAAGCUGUUCUUGCAGCCAGACAGGGAGGAAGUGUCUAUCCAGGAAUCUGCAUAUCUCGAAACAGAAGACUUCGAUCAGAUAUUUGCCAUCGUGCCAGGUAUCAAGAAAUUAGCACUCCGAAAUUGCUGUCAAUUCAAAGACGUCAACGUGGACUACAUGAUUGAGAAGGCAAAGAAGCUUUCUGACAUCCAACUUCUAGGAGCGAACCUUGUCUCCGAUGACAAAUGGACCGAACUCUUCAUUGCCCGUGGCCCCGACCUGAAAUCCUUCAAGGUUGAAUGGCUUGAUGCAGCCUUCACUGAUGAAGUAGUUCAAGCACUGGUGACAUUUUGCCCGAACCUUGAGCGCCUAAAGCUGGAACGCUGCAAACAUCUCGGCGUCGAAGCCAUCGAUGCUAUAGCCCGACUUGAGAAUCUGCAGCAUCUCACUCUGCGCUUCUGCAAGGAAGUCCCCCGAGAGCGACUUGUCAACUUAAUUGGAAAUGUUGGGCCCAAUCUAGAGACUCUCUGUCUCGAGAACUUCGUUGAGAGCGACUGCGAGCCCACUGACGUAAUUCUCGAAGCCAUCCAUACUUCUUGCACAAAUCUCAGCAAGUUCCGCUUCACGGAGAAUAACGUGUGCACCGAUGAGGGUUACGUAAACCUAUUCACAGAUUGGAGCAACCCACCUUUGCGGUACAUCGAUGUCAACAGUACUCGCGAUGUCGACAAUGCAAACCCUGACGGUCCCGAGGAGUACACCAUCGGUGUGGGGUCUGCAGGUUUUGACGCCAUCAUGAAGCACUCCGGCUCAAACCUCCAGUGUAUCAACAUCUCAUCCUGUCGACACAUCGAUCACGAAACAUUCGCCAACAUCUUCGAUGGUGAGAAACAGUAUCCGAGUCUGCAGGAAAUCAAUCUCUCCUUCUGUCCAGUGGUAGAUACACAAGUCAUCGCAGGCAUCUUCCGCAGCUGCCCCAAGAUCCAAAAGGUAAUCACUUUUGGCUGUUUCGAGGUCAAGGAGGUCGUCGUGCCACGGGGAGUCGUACUCAUCGGAGCCCCCAAGGCGCAGGACGCCAUUGAGCAGUUUGGAGACGUGGUCAUGGAUUUCCAGAAAGAACUGCAGGCGGAGAUGGCAAAGGCUGGCGGGCGCAUCGUGCCUGUCCGCGGUUAG